AACGCACGGCGUCUCACUCUUCUCCUCAGUUCGAGUUUCGAGAACUCCUCGACGAUUUUUUUCGCAGGUUUAAGCAUCAGUUUACCAAGAAGCUGACAACUAAGUUUCUGCUCACUCUGCAACAUGGCAACUGGACUUGGGCUUGAGUCUCUUGUUGAUCAAACUAUCUCAGUUAUUACAAAUGAUGGACGGAAUAUUGUGGGAGUUCUGAGAGGAUUCGACCAGGCUACAAACUUGAUUCUUGAUGAAUCUCAUGAGAGAGUAUAUUCAACAAAGGAAGGUGUACAGCAACUUGUGUUAGGUCUUUAUAUCAUAAGGGGGGACAACAUAAGCGUCGUUGGGGAAUUAGAUGAAGAUCUGGAUAGUAACUUGGAUAUGUCAAAACUGAGAGCACAUCCUCUAAAGCCAGUUGUUCACUGACCUGCAACUUGGUGUGAGCCUUGUAAUCCUGAGAACGGAUGGAUGGAUCAAACAUGAAAACUUCAGACAUGUUAUGUAGCUAGGAACACAAACUGUUUUAGUUCGUUAGUCGUCAUUAUAUGUUUUAUAAGUUUCCCUUUCUGAUAUUGGCUUGCGAAAGAUUUUGAACUUUUGUACAACUAUCAAAUUAAAACUGCAUGCAUGUUUUGUGUCUAAGAGCACAAACUGUUUUAGUUUA